AUGAAGGUCACUGGGACGACGCUGCUGCCGCUCCUGCUGGCGACAGCUACAGCUCAGCAUGUCAAGCUGCCUGGCUCUGCAGUCGAGCCGCGAUGGGCAACGACCGAUCACCAUGUCUCGCCAAGGGCAGGCAACUCGUCUGCCUGGCCAUACGGACCCUUCAGCACCAAGGGCAGGGACAUCGUCAAUGCCAGAGGUGAUGUUAUCACCUGGGCGGGAGUCAAUUGGCCCAUGAGUGGAGAGACAAUGGUGCCCGAAGGUCUGGAAUGGGCUUCCGUGGAGGAAAUUCUCGACGAUGUGGCCAGCGUUGGGUUCAACUUUUUGCGAAUGGGUUACGCCAUCGAGAUGAUAGACCAAAUCUACGACCGGGAAGGAGACGAUGUUCCUCUGGAGGUUGCUAUGAUUCAAGCCCUCGGAUACGUCAACGGUACCAAGGUCACAAAUGAGAUCAUCAAGAGGAACCCAUCUUGGACACGAGAGACGACGAGGUUCGAGAUCUGGGGCGACAUCGCCAAAGCCGCCGCUACGAAGGGACUCUUUGUCCACCCGGAUGUGCACGUUGGCAAGGCACAAUGGUGCUGUUCACACAUCGACGGGAAUGCAUGGUUUGACGAUGUGAACUUCAACACCACCAACUGGCUACGCGGCCUUUCGUAUGUCGCAAACUGGGCCAAGGACCACCCGAAUAUUGUCUCCAUGUCCCUCCGCAACGAGCUGCGCGAGUCUUGGAACGUUACGGAUCUCUACUACAACUGGCAGACCCUCGUCGGCAACAUGAGCGCGGGUAGCGACGCCAUCCACGAGUCAAACCCAGACCUGCUGAUCACAUGGUCAGGUUUACAGUAUGAUGAAGACUUAAGUGCUUUAGUCAGUAAAAAAAACAUCCUUACUGCACCAUGCUACAAGUGCACGGCGAUCGUGGAUGCUUACCGCCGCGACCCGGUCUACUUCGACCUGGACAGCUAUCCCUGGGCCGACAAGCUGGUCUGGGAGCUUCACCUGUACGGUUCUAGCGAGGACGUCGAUACAGGCACGUGCGCUAUCAUCGAAGCAGGGCUGUACCGCAACGGCUUCAACGCGCUCGGCAUAGACCCUCCCGCGGCAUGUAACAUCACCAACGAUUGCCCACCCGCCCAACGCAUCACCCCAGUUGUCCUGACCGAGUUUGGGCACGGUCAGGACCCCACCAUGUAUAAUGCCACAUUGCAGAGCUGCCUUCAGGACUAUACCAAGAAGCACGGCAUAUCUUGGGCGAUGUGGAGCCUUGCUGGCAGUUACCGGAUCAGAUCUGGCACGCAGGGGCUUAUUGACACUUGGGGCCUGACGAACUUCAACUGGACAGGAUGGAGCUUUCCUGAGGGCAUCGAGGAGUACUGGAAACCUUGGGUUGCCGCAAUGAAUGUCACCAGAUUAAAUUGA